AUGGCCAUUUGUACUUAAAAGAUAAAUUGUCCGGACAAAUUUUUUUUUUACUUAUAGUACGUAACAUAAGCUUUAAUUUAACAUAUGUUUAAAGGAUGCAGUAUUUCCAUACCAUUUUCUAAAAUUAAGUUGAAAAAAUUGACUGUUGUAAAAAAGUUGCUGUUUUGAAUCUACCUCUGUAGAACUGAAACCUGUUGACCGACGUUAACCACUCAAAAGAGCGGGAAGCACAUCAUAUUAUCAAUUUUUGUGAGUUGAUAACAUGAACAUUUCUAAGAAAUUCCUAUAUAAAUUUUGUUUACAACCCACUUUAUAAUUAUUUGUGUAAUUUUCUGUAUGUUACAGUAAUAUAAUUACUCAACAAUAUAAUUUAAGUUACUUUUGACUUACUUUUAUUGGAUUAAUUAAUAAUUGUAAAUCAUUUUAUUUUAUGUAUAAUAUUCAAUGUUGACUUAUGUAUACAUACAAAGAUUUCAUAUUAUAAUAUAAUUUAAUUAAUUAAAUUAUAACUCGGCCACACAGUUCCUCAAGAUUUCAUAUUAUAGCUAAAUAAAACGAAUUAUUAUAAAUUAUGUCUUCAGAUUCCAAAACAUAUGAAAAGCCUAAACUGGACUAUCAAUUUAAUUUAAAUUGUGUUUUCUGCAAUAAAGAAUCCGAUAAUUCAAAUGAUUUAAAAUUAUUAAAAUGUUUGCAUGUUAUAUGUGAGAAAUGCUAUGAAAAAAACAAGACUCCGACUGAAAACAGUUCAGAUUUUGAUAUACAGUGUAAAUGUCUAAAAAAAAGUGCAAAUAAAGAAUUAGCUGAAUAUCCUUUUUUGAGUUCAUCUAGUUUAAAAAUAAAUAAUGUUUGUCAAAUAAAUAGUUGCAAUAAACAAGCACAAUUAAAUUGUACCACGUGUAAGCAAAUAAUUUGUUAUGAAUGUGUUUCAAAACACUUCUCUGAUCAGUCAAUAUCUCAUUCAUUUUCAGUUCUUUCAGAGAAUGCAUUAUUUUGUUCUAAUCACACUGGAGAAAUUAUGAAUUUAUAUUGUGAGAAUUGUAGUACAAUAAUUUGUACUGAUUGUUUUUCAACAGAUCAUAAUACACAUACAACUAAAAAAUUGGAAGAUGCAACUCGAAUAACAAAAACUAACAUAUCAACAAUGUUGAUAGAUAUUGAGAAGAACAUAAAAUAUAUGAAAUACUGUCUCAAAGUAAUUGAAGAUGACUUGCCUAAUUUAGACCGAAAGAAAGAUGAUGUUAAAAGAAAGAUAGAUGAUUUAGUGUCUAACAUUAUUACUGUUGUUAAUGACCGUGCUCAGAUUUUAAAGACCAAUGUGGAUGCUUGCUACACAGAUAGUGUAAAAAAAGCACAAGAAAAUAAACAACGUAUUUCAGAAUUAAUAAAUCAGAAUAUAUAUUAUACAAAGUUUUCAAACUCAAUUUUAGACCAUAAAAAUGUGAUAAAUAUUCUUAAACACCGAAAUCUUAUUUUAAGCCAACUUCACUCCAUUAAACAAAUAGAUAUUAUUCCUGAAGUAUCAGAUUUGAAUUCAAAAAUUGUAUUUCAGUAUGAAAAUCAUUUACAAAAUGUUAUAGCAGAUAUAAAAAAAAUUGGAUUUAUUACAACAAAUGCAAAAGAUACUAUUGUGAUUCAAGAAAAAUUGAAACAAGCUUUGGAGAAUGAUAUUUCUAGAAAAAAUAUCAGUAUAACUGACAAGACACCUCCUUCUUCUUCAUGUCCAAUGUUUCCAAAAACUGAUGACCAAGUUGAAGUACAUAACCUUUAUUCUAAAACUAAUCAAAUUUUUCAUUCCAAGAACAACAAUAAUAAAAGUGUUGGUGAAUAUUCAGAUAUAUCUGAUGAUAAUGCAAUGAAAGAAUGUGACAUAUGUUGCAAAAGUUUUGUAGACUCAGAAAAGUUUGUUGAAUGCUCAAAAUGUCUUAGAAUUUAUCACCUCAAUUGUCAUUUGCCGCUACCUUUAGAAAAAGACAUACAAUGUUCUAUCUCUAAAAAGUGGACUUGCACUCUUUGUAUUGAUAUUGAACCACUUGCCUCAUCUUAUAUAGAUGAUGAUAGAAACAAAAGUAUUUUUAGCAAGAUUAUAAGGCGUAUUUUAUUGGAGCUAUAUUGCCAAAGUGACGAUAGUUUACAUUUUAUGGAAUGUCCUAAUAUUGAUGCUAAUUCUAGAUAUUAUGAUAAAAUUAAAAAUCCGACAUCAUUAAACAAAAUUAAGGACUGCUUACAGUCAGAUAUUCCAUUGAGCAUUAUUAAUGAUAUAAAAUGUAUAUUUGAAAAUGCAAUAUCAUACUAUCAUACCUCAGAUCCACUAUAUAACUCUGCCAUUAAUUUACUUGAAUAUUUUAAUUCUAUGACUUCAAAGUGGCUGCCCAAUUACCAACAUAUAAAGCCUAAUUAAUUUUUAAUUAUUAUUUUACAUUAAUAUGAUUUUUAUAUAUGUAUACAUAUUUAUGAACACGACCAAUAUUAUAAAUAAAAUUGUAUAUUAUUUAUAAAACUGAAUAUUAACAUUUUUUCAAUAUUUGUUCAUAAUUUUUUUAUAUUAAUAGAAAAAAUUUUAAUUAUUUUCA